AUGUCCCACUCUGAAGUCCCAGGAAAAAAUGGUGUCGAUGGCUCUGUCGGGCCACCGGGACCCCCUGGAAGAGAUGGUUCUGAUGGUGCACGUGGACCACCAGGGCCAGUCGGACUGAGAGGGCAAGAUGGGACUGAUGGUGCACGAGGAUUACCUGGAAAAGAUGGUCAACGUGGCACAGACGGACGAGACGGACGAGAUGGACGAGAUGGACGAGAUGGUGUAAAUGGCGCACAAGGACCACCGGGGCCUAUGGGACCGAGAGGGCAAGACGGUGUUGCUGGUGCACGAGGAUCACCUGGACAAGAUGGUCAACGUGGCAAAGAUGGACGAGAUGGGAAGGACGGGAAAAACGGUGUGGAUGGCGCACAAGGGCCACCAGGAGCGAUGGGACCAAGAGGUCGAGACGGUAUGGAUGGCGUUCGCGGACCACCGGGCCAGGAUGGACGUGAUGGAAGAGAUGGUGCGAAUGGUCUACCAGGGCCGCCUGGGCAGAACGGACGGGAUGGACGAGAUGUUCACGAUAAUCGUAAUAAUGUGAUUAGAUUCACUGGGAGAAUUCAAGGUUCAGCUAUAUCAUGA